AUGCGUUCCUUCAGGACCGUCUUGGCCGUUGGCCUUGCCGUGGCCUCUGCUGUUGUUGCUCAGCAUGACUCCAAGAGCGGCAAAUCGGCUGGGAACCCGUCGACGUCGAGCGUGACAGACAACAAUAUGGGCCCCGCCGCCUUCAUGUGGCCGCCUGACAGAGUCUGGUCCGGUGACAUGGAUAACACGGCACCUUGUGGCUCUCGCGCCGCUCCAGGCAAUAGGACCAAAUUCCCACUCACCGGCGGCGCCGUUGCGCUUGUUGCUCAGGACGAUUACUACAACAGCAAGAUCAGCAUCGCUUAUUCCAACGACCCAACCUCCAACACCGACUUCACCACGCUCGUCGAUUCCAGGGACAUCAACGAUCUCAACCCCGGACACACGUGUGCCAAGAUCCCUGAUGCUCCCUCGACCGUCACGGUGGGAACGAACGCGACAAUCCAGAUCAUCUACAAGGCCGACUGGGACGCGCCCCAUAAUCAGACCUUUUAUGCUUGUGCGGAUAUCACAUUUGUGGCCCUCAACGACUUCAACAUGAAGAUUCCCUGCUUCAACGCAACUGAGCCCGGCGAGGACGACAAAAAAAUGGCGAAUGACGAAGUCAAUGGCAAGAAAUCCAGCUCCAGUGAGCCCUCCGGUUCCGGUUCCGCUGCCAACUCCGCCGGUGGUUCGGCGGGUACCAUCAUCGGCUCUCUUGCCGGCGCAUUCAUACUCUCCGGUGCCGCACUGUAUUUCUAUCGCCGUCGGGAGCAGAAGAAACGCAGCCUUCGGCUGGCACGCAUGGAGGAAAACGCUCGGAUGGGCCAUUAUCCCCUUAACAAAGUCGUUUCGCAAGGUAUCGUGGAGAAAUGCGCAGGCAAAAACGAGGACGAGACCGAUACUCCUGAGGCCGCUGCUCCAGAUAACAAUGCACCCGAAGCUCUGACCUCUAGUACCGAGGCUUGUCCCAAAAUCGCUGCUCAAGACAUGGCCUGGUCGCACCUUCCAAGCAGAGUUCCACCUGCGACAAAGUCCACAGAGAAGACUCCGGCCGAAUCCGUUUGUGCAUCUGGACACACUGCCGCUGCCGUACCCGGCAUCAUAGAGAACAAGAACGAGAAUGUCGCUGAAUAG